AUGCCCAGGCAACUAUGCAUGGACAUCUGUCGUGAGAGGGGGUUCAGUGACGUCUUGAUUGAGACGAGCCGGUAUGUGAACGCGAUGACGAAAAUGCCGAAUGUGUCCAUUGCAGUCGAUAUAGCGCAUGUAAAGAAGUGUGCUUUGCUAGAUAAAGUUCAUGAUCUUGUCAUGCAGUUUCUGGAAAACGUGCCGGAAAAGAAGGCGGUCUUCUUUUUCAGCAACAAAACCCUUCUUAGAGAGUCCCUGCGUAGGCUCAAGGAUAAUGCCUCUGUCGUUGGUGUAGACGCUGACAUGGAGGAUGGGGCUAAGUUGGCUGUGUUUAAAGAUUUUGAAAAUAGACACUCGACGGCUAGGGUCGUUAUUGGUACGAAGCUGAUAUCUAACGGAUUGGAUUGUAGUUCUGUGAAAUUUGUUUGCUUGGUUGAUUGCACGGUGAGUAUGAUUGACUAUCUGCAGAUGACAGGUAGAAUCAGGAGCUCAGGGUAUGUUAGAGUAUUGACGGUGGGAAAUAACAACAGGUAUUUCAAGGUGUCCAGUGGUACCUGGAGACCAUGA